UAUUGCAAAGGGCGAGUCAGAAUCAAUUAAACAUUGACAAAGACUGCAGCCAGGACUCGUUGUCUCACACCAUCUCUUCUUAUUAUUCUACAGUGCUGGCAAGUGUUGUACAUACAACUUACCCACUCAGGUUUCCCAGACUCGAGGCGGAGACAGAGUUUAUUGAAGGACAGAGAGAACAUGAGAGAUCCAGAACCCUGCAGAAUGAAACACACUGAAGAACAAACAGACCUAAUGGAGGAGAAACAACAUCAUGUCAAAACUGGAGAAAAAACUCACUCACAGACUAAAAGUAUUUCUUCACUGAAAAGAAAAGACAAAAGUUUCAUCUGCACUCAGUGUGGAAAGAGUUUCACAUACAAACAGAGUCUCAAUAGACACAUGAUCAUCCACACUGAAGAGAAACCAUUCACAUGUGAUCAGUGCGGGAAGAGUUUCACACAAAAAGGAAACCUUAAGGACCACAUAAAGAUCCACACUGGAGAGAAGCUGCAUGAAUGUGAUCAAUGUGGAAAAACAUUUUUGUGGUCUUCAAGCCUGAAGACUCACCUGAAAGUUCAUUCAGAGGAGAAACCACAUUCAUGUUCUUUAUGUGGAAAGAGUUUUUCACAACUGCAGGGUUUAAAAGUUCAUCAGAAGACACACACUGGUGUGAAAGAUUAUAUGUGCUUUGAGUGUGAGAAGACUUUUAUUACAGCUAAAGAUUUGAAACGGCACCAGAGGAUCCACACUGGAGAGAAACCUUACAAGUGUUCACACUGCGACAAGAGAUUCAGUCGGUCAGAACAUCUGAAAUCACAUGAGAGGAUCCACACUGGAGAGAAACCAUAUCAUUGCACUGCAUGCGGGAAGAGUUUCGCUCAGUCACCUUCUCUACGGAGACAUAAAAUAAAUGAUCACAUUAAGUAGUUCAGCUUCAGGUCCAAUGCUUUCAAGUGCUACACCGCAUCUCUUCCAUAUUAAUCUGUCAUAAGAAACAUCGGUAACACUUUCUAUGAAGCCCGUAUUUGUAAUACAUUAUAAGGGUAUUCUUACGGUAUUAUAAUGAAUGCAUAAUGUAUUAUAAAUACGGGCUUCAUAGAAAGUGUUAUCGAAACAUCUAAAUUAGUCACAAUGAAUAAAGUUUAUCUUCAAGACCAGCAGAUAUCUGUGAGAUUCAGAUCAACUCAAAGUUGGUGUUCCUCCCCUAAGAACAAUAUCUGGUUUUAUUCUUGUAUACAACUUUGCUUUAUGAUAUAAAUUAUAUUAGUAUGCUUUAUUACGAGUUUCAUUUUAUGUUCAAAAUUUUCUUCUAAUAAAACUAAAUUUCACCUCA